AGUUCGCAAGGAAUCCUGAAUGUUUCCUUCUGUGUGAAUCGUGUGAAUGACUCGUGUUUCUAAUUUUUCCAAUUUUUUGCAUUGAAUAAUUUUGUUCGGGCAACAGUAUCGUUAGGUGCGCCAGUUAGACUUUUUGGCGGUUCCGGAAUACAAUGCUGGACGGUUGGUACUGUCGUUCAAUGAACGAGCAAGCGCUUCAACAACAACAGCAGCAGCAGCAGCAACAACAACAACGGCAGCCUCAAGCGCACCAUUCUCAGCAACAGAAUCGGAACAACUCGCUGGAUACGGACGACGUAGGCCAGGAAGACCGUGAUGGUAACUACAGUUCCGGACAGGAUGACGACAGCGACGAGGAGAUGCUACCGCGGAGACGGCAAGUAAACUAUAAACAGCAGUACAGCGAGCUAAAGAAGAAGUUAAAAUAUUUGCUCUAUGAGAAUGAAUUCUUCCAGGAAAAUCUCCGUACCAGUCAGCGUCGACUGCUGAAAGUCACACAGGAUAGAUCUUUUUUGUUGGAACGUCUGCUGCAGUACGAAAAAACUGAUCUCACCUCAUCGGAAAGUGAAGAAACGGAAUCGUCAGACGAUUCCUCUAAGGUGGAACCGGCGCCAACGGUAGGUCGUAAACGAAAGACCGAUAACACUAACGCUAACUCACAAGGCAAGGGCGCGCCGAAACGAAGAAAACCGGGCCCUAAAAAGCAAGCUCAAGCCCAAGCGAGGCAGGCGAACAGCAACAGUAUGGUCUCGCAUCCGUCGACGGCGCAGCCGCAUAUGAAUCCAACCGUUUCCUCGGUACAAUCCAUGCUUACCAACCAUCACCAGUUGCAGCAGCAACAGCUACAACAACAGGAAGGCCAUUUGACGACGGAGGAAAUCGAACGGCAUCUGCAGUCCAGGGCAGCGCAGUCGAUGCUGGAAGUCGUACCGGAAGGAGAACUACCGAACGAAAUGUUUAGUCAGGCACCGUCGAGCGAAUCUAACGAUCACAUGGUGGAUACCUCACCGAGCAACAUAGGCGAAGAGUGCCUUUCCGGUGACCUGAUGCAGCAGGAAUGAUUGCCGAAAAUAGAGAGCACGCCCCACUAUCGUGGUUUAGAAGUAUACUAAGUAAUUGGGAAAAUAAAUUUUAAACUUUUU